AAUUCUGGUUUUAAAAAAAUCACUACUUGGCUGGUAUAAAAUACCUUUUUUCUCUCUCUCUUUUUUAUUAAACACGUCUUCAUCUCGACCUUCAAAAAAGAAGAGAUAUUAACAACAUGAGUUACGCUAAACGAGACGAAGACUCUGGAGAAGUCAGCAUCUUUUCACAAAUAAACAAGUCCACUGUCCUUCAAGAAGCUCGCGCUUUUAAUGACUCGCCCAUCAAUGUCAGAAAAUGUCGACUGUUACUUACUAAAAUCAUUUAUUUACUUUCGUUGGGUGAACCCUUUAAUACACAAGAAGCAACGGAUCUUUUCUUUAAUGUCAUCAAGCUGUUUCAGUCGAAAGAUACUUCACUUCGACAAAUGAUGUAUUUGGUGAUUAAGGAACUAUCAGGUAUUGCUCAGGAUGUGAUUAUGGUCACCCAGUCUUUGAUUAAAGAUAUCCAAUCAAAGCAAGAAACGAUUUACCGUGCUAACGCUAUUCGUGCCUUAUGCUUAAUUACGGAUCCUUCCAUGAUUCAAGGUAUUGAACGUAUUAUCAAGGCCUCUAUUGUUGACAAGAACCCUUCUGUCUCUGCUGCUGCUCUUGUGUCUUCUUACCAUCUAUUUGGUGCUUCCAAGGACAUUGUGCGUCGUUGGGCUACUGAAGUACAAGAAGCUGCUUAUGCUAAACAAUCUUCUGGUUUUGCUUCUGCUGCUUCAAGCUAUAUUUCUAGUUUUGGCAGUAACUCCAGCAACCAAAACCAAGCUGUUGUUUCAACCAGUAGUAUUGCUCAAUACCAUGCUAUUGGCCUGUUAUAUUUGAUCCGUCAACAGGACCGUAUGGCUAUUGCCAAGUUGGUCCAGACUUUCUCUGGUUCUGGACGUGGUGGCAACAGUGGUCAUUUAAAGAACUCUUCUGCUGUCUGUAUCUUGAUCCGUUAUGCUUGUAAAGUCAUGGAAGACGAUCCUGGAUCCACAAAGCGUAUUUAUGAAUUAUUGGAAGGAUACCUUCGACACAAGAGCGAUAUGGUCAAUUUAGAAGCUGCCCGUGCUAUUUGUGAAAUGAAGGAUGCCACAGCCAAAGAGCUUUAUCCUGCCAUUUCUGUCUUGCAACUCUUUUUGAGUUCACCUAAACCUACGUUGCGCUUUGCUGCCAUUCGUAUCUUGAAUGCACUUGCUCUCUCUAAACCUUCUGCUGUUUCCCCUUGUAACUUGGAUAUUGAGAAUUUGGUCUCUGAUCAAAACAGAAGUAUUGCUACGUUUGCCAUCACCACCUUGUUAAAGACAGGCAAUGAAGCCUCUGUAGACCGAUUGAUGAAGCAAAUUUCUAGUUUUAUGGGUGAAAUUUCAGAUGAGUUCAAGGUGAUUGUGGUAGAAGCCAUUCGUUCUCUCUGUCUCAAGUUCCCCAACAAACAAGCCGUCAUGCUUUCUUUCUUGAGUGGUGUGUUGCGUGAUGAAGGUGGUUAUGAAUUCAAAAAGGCUGUUGUUGAAGCUAUCUUCGACAUGGUCCGUCAUAUUCCUGAAUCCAAAGACACAGCCUUGUCUUAUCUCUGUGAAUUUAUUGAGGAUUGUGAAUUCACUAAACUAUCUGUUCGUGUGCUUCAUUUACUCGGUACAGAAGGCCCCAAGACAUCCACACCUACUAAAUACAUUCGUUAUAUCUACAACCGUGUUAUUCUGGAAAACUCGACCAUUCGUGGUGCUGCUGUCAGUGCUCUUACUAAAUUUGGUCUCAAUUGCCCUGAUACCAAUGUGAAGCAAAGUGUCAAGGUCUUAUUGACCCGUUGUCAAGAUGACGUGGAAGAUGAAGUCCGUGACCGCGCCACGUUGGCACUUGGCAUGAUGCAGCAUGCAUCCUUGGCUAAACUCUACAGUGUGGACGAUGCCACUUUUGCCUUACCUAUUUUGGAGCGUGAAUUAGUCGAAUUUGUGAACCGACAAGAGACAUCGCCAUUUGACUUGAGUGCUAUUCCUAUGAUCAGUAAGGCACAAGAAGAAGAAGAGCGUCGUCGUCAUCGUCCUCAAGAUUUGACACUUGCCACUGUCUCCUCGCCUGUUCCUAACAAGGCAUCCUCUUCUGCUUCACCACAGGCAGAGAACAAAAAGAAAUACAGUAUUCAAUGUAUUAAGCAUACGUUUGCUAAGCAUAUUGUGUUCCAGUUUGACUGUCUUAAUACGCUGAAUGACCAGUUAUUAGAGCAUGUUGAGAUGGUGAUGCAAAUGGAUGAUGAACAAGCUGGUUUAGUUCGCGUGUUGGAAAUGCCUGCUGCUCAAUUGGCCUAUGAUGUUCCCGGACAGAUUUAUGUCGCUUAUGAAAGAGAAGAUGAGGAUGAUUUCCCAGUUGCUUCCUUUACAAAUUCACUCAAGUUUAUCAUUAAGGAUUGUGAUCCUACUACAGGUGAACCCGAUGAAGAAGGUUAUGAAGAUGAAUAUCAAGUAGAAGACAUUGAUCUAUUGACAAGUGACUAUGUUCGCCCUACUUAUAUUUCCAACUUUGAGCAAGAAUUUGCAUCUUUGGCAGAAGGUGAAGCAAUAGAGACAUUGGCACUAGACCGUGAAAAAGCACCUAGUCUUCAAGCUGCCUGUACUGCCAUUAUAGACUUACUAGGCAUGCAACCUCUGGAUGACACUGGCUUACCACGCAACCCUAAUGUUCAUACAUUGCUUAUGGCAGGUAUUUUCUUGACAGGCGAAAAAGUACUUGUUCGAUGUCGUAUGACAUUUAACUCUUCUUCUGGUGUUGCCUUUGAGAUGUCUGUCAGAAGUGAAGACCCUACUAUUUCUCAGAUUGUUCUUUCUGCUAUUGCUUAAUCUUUUUUUUUAUUGAAUAAAUUUACAUG